AUGCCGUCACAGGGCUUCCAGCUGACCCCCGAACAGAUCGCCAGGCGCGAGGCGCGCAAGCGCAAACGAGACGACGCGCAAGCCAGUGGCGCGAGCACGCCCCGAGCCCUCCCCGAGGACGACGAGAGGGCACGCAUCGUCCCCCGGCCGUGGCUCUCCGUGCGCGAGGCCCAGGCCGGCGCCGAGCGGCUCAAGGUCAUGACCUGGAAUCUUUUGGCCCAGUGCCUCGUCCGGCGUGAACUCUUUCCCGUGAGCGACUGUCUGAAAGGCGCACAGCGCGAACACAUGAUCUACAGGGAGAUCCUCUCCCCCAAUGCCGAUAUCCUCUGUCUUCAGGAAGUGGACCGCCUCGAGAAGCUCCUGCCAAUCAUAGAGUCAGGCGGCUACGAGCACGUGUACGCCGCAGGCCCCAGGAAGAAACACGGCUCCCUCAUCGCCUACCGCAGGGGCGUCUUCACCAAAAUUAAAACCCACGUCCUGGACUUCGACACUGCGCAAGUGCGCGACAAGUCCGGCGGGGACGCUGACCGCGGUUGUACAGGGCUCAGUCACGUCACAAAGAACGUCGCCAACAUCGUGGCCCUCAAGAGAGAGGGCACGGAAGACGGCGGCGUGAUCGUGGCCACGACGCACCUGUUCUGGCACCCAUCAUACUCGUACGAACGUGCCAGACAAGCAGGCAUCCUUCUCCGCGAGGUCACCAAAUUCCGCGAUGCCAACGACUGCGCCAACUGGCCGUGCAUCCUCGCGGGCGACUUCAACUUCUCCCCGACCGACCCAGGCUACUCCCUCCUCGUCGGCGCGCCUCUCCUCCCCGCCCAACACGACCUCCUCUCCCAAUCCUGCGUCGUCCACCUCUCCGUCGACCCCUCCGUCGCCCCCACCACCCCGAAAUCCACCAGUGCCGGCGCCGACGACGACGACGAAGAGGGCGGCGCCGACCCCGACCGCGUCAUCAAGAACGCGCGCCCCGCACGCCCCUCAGACGGCCUACUCACCGCCGCCGAGCUCGCCGCGCUCUUCGAGACCCCCGCGCGCCCGCGUAGCGCGUACGACGCCGGACAGCGGCUGCUCGCGCACAGCGCCGAGCCGUCCAUCGCGCGCUGCGGCGACCGCCUCGCGCUCCCGCCCGCGCGCCUGGGCGCGUACGAGCCCGAAUGGACGAGCUACACGCACUACUGGAAAACCGUGCUAGACUACAUCUUCGUCAUCGACCCGCCCGACCGAGUGUCCGCCGUCGUGGGCCUCCUCAAGCCGCACCAGACGUCGGACCUCGACCCCGGCAUCCCCAGGAAGGGCAUCUCGGGCAGCGACCACGUCUCCCUCGCCGCCGAGCUGCAGUGGCAGAACGUGCCGUAG